AUGUCCCAGUUUAACUUCCAGUAUCCCCGGCCCAGGGAGCAGGUUAGGUCUGUUAAUCCAGAUAUCCGUCAGUAUUUUGACUCAGAUCUUCCGAUCUAUGGUCCUUGGAAACCUUGGCAGACCAAGCCAGAACUUCCUUCCAGCGAAGAAAUCCUUGGAACAGAUGUGCCGGGAGACAUUAUUGCUCUUAGCCCCAAUCGUAUUUCGGGACCUUGGGUCUCCAAGGAGGAAUAUCUAGAGGUCCAUUAUGCAUUGCUCCGAGAAGACUCAGUUGCACCACUCCGAGAUGCUGUCGCUCAGGUUCGCGACGAUCCUUUUAUGUUCGAUACUCCAGACGUCUCUAUCUAUGAAAAGGUCUUCAUUGUCGGUGUUACCCUAGCACGCUCUGGUUUGGCAUUGCACAUCCAAUUCUCUACUCGUCGUGCGCGCAAAAAUAUUGGCUGGACAUACUCUAACCGCCUUAAUCCUGGAACGAUCGUUGCCCUGACCCCCAAACGCGACGCAUUCAAGAAAAAAUGUGUUGUCGCCGUCGUGGCCUGUCGGCUGCUCGAAGGGGUCGAGAAAGACCCUCCUGAGAUUGAUAUCUUCUUAGCCUCGCCCAGCGAUAUUGAGAUUGAUCCACAUUUCCCAUUCAACGAACAAAUCUGCCGCUUGGCGCAAGACAUUGACACACCGGAAUACAUCAACGCCACACCAUGCAUGGACUUCACAGCAUUGUCCGAAGUUUCUACACUUGAUAUCACCAGAAAGUACGACAUCCUCGAGCGAUGGCCCUCCGAUCCAAUGGGGAAGCUAGAUGCAUCCCAAUGGUCAGCUCUGAACAGAAUGUUAACUAAAAAGCUGGCCAUUAUUCAGGGUCCUCCUGGAACAGGAAAGACCUUUACCUCCGUCGCUGCUCUCAAGAUGAUGCUCUCAAACAAGGGUCCAAAUAAUCCUCCUGUUAUUAUCGCUGCUCAAACGAACCAUGCUCUCGAUCAACUGAUCAAGCAUAUCUCGGUGUUUGAGAAGAACUUCGUCCGACUGGGUGGAAGAACUAACGAUCCUGAAAUUCGCAAGCGCACUACCUAUGAGGUCAGACAAAACCAGGGCUUGUUGAAAAUUGAGGGAGGUCUAAUGACUCCAAUGAGAAAGAAACAGGAUAAACUAGCAGCUGAGAUUGGGAAGCUCCUAGAGCCACUUGCACCGUCAAACAAGAACAAGCCCCUCGAGAUAUCUCUGUUUCUAGAGCACGGGCUUUUGAGCCAAAAGCAGGUUGAUUCCUUGCAGGGAAUCGCAAGUAAAUGGCGGCGCAAUAGCCCUGCAAACACUGAUCCUUUCAGGGCUUGGCUUGCAGGCUCCGUAAGGGAAUUCGAUUCCAAAUACCACGGUAACUUCGGAUACAGUGAUGAUGAUAUUGACCUGGAAUACGAGCAACUGAAGGAGAUCGAAGUUGUCCAUGGAAGAUACGAAGAUGACUGGUCCACUUUUCAAACCCGCUUUUUCCCAUUGUCGCCUGGUCUUCGCAACGCCAGCAAGGCCACACUCUCUCGUGCAAUGGUUGAAAAACUGCUGAAAGAGCAGGACCUUUGUAACAUUUCUGGUAAAUAUCGCGGUGAUAUUUAUGGCUGGCUCCGCGAGGAGCUCAUUGGGAUCCUAGGAGAACAUCUGCGUGACUACGCUCAAACUUACCAAGAUUGCUCUGCCAAUUUCCAAAUCGGCAGAUUUGAGCGAGACUACUACAUUCUCCAGGAGGCGAGUAUUAUUGGCAUGACCACCACUGGUUUGAGCAAGUACAGAGGACUGGUCUCGAGCCUGAAUCCCCGAGUCAUCUUGAUCGAGGAGGCAGCAGAAGUUCUCGAGGCUCCAAUUGCCGUCGCUUGCCUUCCAUCACUUCAGCAUCUCAUUCUUGUUGGUGAUCACCUGCAGCUCAAGGGUCAAUGUGCCGACCAUGAACUGUGUGGCCACCCUUUCUACCUCGAUGUCUCCAUGUUUGAGCGUCUGAUGAUAAACAAAGUGCCAUUUGCCAUGCUUCAAGAACAAAGACGAAUGGUACCAGAAAUCAGAAAGCUGGUGGCCCCUAUUUAUGGGGAUCGUCUUCGUGACCAUCCCUCUGUUGUGGACCACCCUUUGGUUCCUGGGAUGGGGAAUAAACGAUCUUUUUUCUUUGACCACACCGCGCAUGAAAGCAGCGAUAGUCUGUCAUCCAAGGUGAAUGAUUUUGAGGCAUCAAUGGUGAUUAAUUUUCUUGCCUAUCUUGUGAUGAACAAAGUCCCAACAGCCAGUAUCAGUGUCCUGACGUUCUACAAUGGCCAAAAGAAGUUGCUCAUGCGAAAGAAAUCACAAAAUCCCAACAUAAGCCACUCAUACAUCAAUAUUUUGACCGUCGACUCAUACCAAGGAGAAGAGAACGAUAUCAUUCUCCUCUCGCUUGUUCGAUCCAAUGAUCAUCGAGGUAUCGGCUUUCUCCAACAAGACAACAGAGUCUGUGUUGCCUUGUCCCGCGCUAAAUACGGUCUGUACAUAUUUGGGAACGCACAAUGUGUCAGCGAACAUAGUGGUUUCUGGUAUGCCGUUACCGAAGCGAUGUCCGAAAAUAAGGAAGACCCCCGUAUUGGUCCGGUCUUGCCUCUGUAUUGCACAAGACACAACCAGGAAACCCUCAUCAGAACUCUCAAGGACUGGAAUAGUAUCAGCGACGGCUGCAACAAGCCUUGUGGUAAGGAUUUGCCAUGUGGACACCCAUGUCCCCGCAAAUGCCACGGUUCUGAACAUGAUUGGGUGUCUUGCAAACAGCGCUGCCGUGAAAUUCGCGAAUGCUGCAACACGACCUGCAUUUGUGUAUGCUCUCCACCACAUACUCAUGAUUGUGACUGCGAUGUGGGCAAGGGAACCAAGACCCAGGUCUUUGAUGCCAAAUCCAACUGUGAUGAUCUCAGCGAUGAGGUUCAACGUGACCAAAUGACCGAUCCCGUCACCCGAGCUGAAGCCCCUUCCCCUGACUCCGAUGCAAACGAACAUGCAAUGCGGGUUGGCGAGAGUUUGUCUGGAUGGCAGGCAUUUGACGAGCGUGUGCGCCGAUGGCGGGAAUUUUCACAGGGUGGCGCUAUGUUGGAUGAUAUUCGUCGGGCUAGGCUUAGUAGGGAGAAUCCUUGGAAAUAUGAUACGCCAGUCGAGGGGAAUAAGCCAGUCAAGCUGAAUGAGCCAGUCAAGCAGAAUGUCCCUGCUCCGGUCGCAGGAGGUCCGGUCAACCUCGAUCAUUCUCGUCAGGCUCGGCCCCCUAUUAGAGGGAAACGUCCCCGAAAAACUGAUAGGCCACUCAAGCAGAAAGCUCCUACUCCGGUAGAAGAAGAUCUGAUCGACUUCCAGGAUUCUCAUCAGGCUAAACUCCCUAUUAGGGAAAAACGUCUUCGGGAAGCUGAUACGACGUCGGUCAAGCAGAAUUUCCCUGCACCGGUGGAAGGAGAGCUGAUCAGCUUUGAAGAUUGUCGUCAGCUCCUUGUUAAGGGGAAACAUCUCCGGAAUGAUACUACAUCAGUCGAGCAAAAUGCCGCUGGUCCGGUUGAGGAAGACCCAAUCGAGCAAAGUGCCGCUGGUUCAGUUGAAGGAAACCUGAUCAACAUCGAUGAGCAUCGUCAGGCUGGGCUCAUAGCCAAAGGGAAGUGCCCUCAGAAAGAUACUACACCAGUCGAGCAGAACGCGGCGGCUCGCGUCGAAGGAGAUCUAAUUCAGCACAAUGCCCCUGGUCCGAUCGAAGGAAAUCUGAUCAAUUUCGACGACGAUGAUGAUUGCCAGGCUGAAGGUCCGCGUACAGUGGAAGACCUGCCUACUACCCAGACCAAGGAAGACGUGGCUACAUAUGACGGAGCUAGUGAUGGUCUAGCCGAAGCUAUGGGUGUAGUAGUAGACACACUUACUACUCCGCUCGAAGAAACCCUGAUAACAUUCGAAGAUGGUGACUACUGCAAGGCUGGAGAUAAGAGUCAGCAGGGAGAUCUGCUUUCUGCUACGGUUGAGAAUGACGAUCUUUUGGCCUGCAGUUUCGGUCUAGUUGACCACUUGCUCACUUCUAUGGUCAACGAAGUUCUGAUCUCUCCCGUGGAGGGAGACCUGAUCGAGCUCUCCUAG